AUGGAUUCGAUGGCUAUGAACAAAGCUUUUUUUGAUCCUCCUGCCGUGCCCAGUCACAGCUACUCCGGUCCGGAAACUCAGUCCUACGAAGCGUAUAACCCUCAGCCCCAGAGCGUAUCGGCUGCUCAAGCUAGGGCAACCUGGGAUCGGGUUGACGUUCCUCAGACUUUCGGUGCAUCAGACAACGGUGACCUGAGCUCAACUGGCAGCUCCGGUUACCCGGUACCACCUUCGUCCAGACGGACCGAAGACGCUGAUGUCCCGUUCGGCUCUCAGCAACCAAACUGGCAACCUUCCUCGGUGUAUCCCAACGGUCACUUUGCCGGCUUUGCUGAUAGCCCGGUCACGGAAUUGGACAAGAUUGCCACCGCCGUCGAGAAGCAUGGCUCCGCCUCUUUCGACAAAAACACCCGCGAGCUCAAAGACCCCCAAGACGUCAUACCAGCCAACCAGGAACUCGGUGACGAGAACGGUAUGAGAAUCAAGUCUGGCCGACAGGGCCAGCAUACCAGUCCAACAAAGAGAGCAAUUGUGCGAAGAAAACCACCCUCCGCCAGGGCGCCAGGUCCUUGGCUGAUGCGUUCCGCCGUGAGCGGUGCCGUUCAGCAGGAGGAUAACCAUGCCUUUCAGCAGCACGAUGGCCAUGUCAACCUUCAGCCGGCUGCUCCUCAGAAACAUAACGAGGAUCAGCAGCAUCAGGCCUACCUUUUUCAUUACGACUUUGUGGACAAAGUCUCGCCCAGGGAUACAGCACAUCUUUUGUUGCCCUUUGUGAUUGAAUGGUGGGGGGCCCACGGUAGUACCGAUCGUCAGUUGGGGGGGGCUCGAGGACCAUCGAGGAGGAGACUGAGCGUUGUCCGUUGGGAGAAUUGA